GCUCAAAACGCCCAGUGGCUCCGGAGCGCGUGUUUGCGCACGUGCAUUUGCCUGCGCGCUCUAAAGUGUUGAAUGAGUUUAGUUUGCGAGUCAAUGUUCAACAUUUCACCGAGGAGAGACUGUUUACCAGAGGUUAACCUCGAAGCAGCGGAAGUUAAAGUGAGUUCAGGUCCUGCAGUGGCACAUCAAGAAUGAGCAGCGGUUACACACCGACAAGCGCUGGGAGCCAGGUGACCGGACCGAGGAGAUGCUGCUAAAACACAACGGGAGUCUUCUUCUGCUCACCGUCACCUGCAUGUGCUUCUCAGGAGGUUUGCUUUGGUCCUACCAAGAAGAGGAUGCCACUGACGGUGAGAAAUGCUCGGAAAAUAAUAUUUCUACCACAAAGUACCCCUGCGUGAAGUCAACGGGAGAGGUUACGACGUGUUACAGAAAGAAGUGUUGCAAGGGCUUCAAGUUUGUUCUGGGCCAGUGCAUUCCUGAAGACUAUGACGUAUGCGCCGGCGCCCCCUGUGAGCAGCAGUGUACCGAUCAUUUCGGCAGAGUGGUGUGUACCUGUUACCCCGGCUAUCGCUAUGACCGUGAGCGUCACAGAAGGCGAGAGAAGCCCUAUUGUCUGGACAUCAAUGAAUGCGCAGACAAAAACAUGACGGCAUGCUCUCAGAUCUGCAUUAACUCUGUGGGGAGCUACAGGUGUGAGUGUGAGAAAGGCUACUUCCUGGAAGAAGAUGGGAAAACAUGCACCAAGGGGGAGAGAGCAGUACAUCUCUUUGAGAAGUCUGAUAAUGUCAUGAAUACUGGAACCUGCUCAGCCACGUGUGAUGAUUUCUACCAAAUUAAGAUGUCUGUCCUACAGCUUAAACAGAAGAUGGCUUUGCUGUCAAACAGUGCUGGCAUCCCUGAGCAGAUGACGAGUGAAAAACUCCUAUCACCUAUGUCUUUACCAGGGCCUCCAGGUUCCCCUGGACCUCCAGGAGAUCCAGGACCAGAAGGCCCUCCAGGAAUUUCAGGACAGACGGGGGCCCCUGGACCACCUGGCCCCAGAGGCUUAAUGGGACCCAUUGGACCAACACCCGACCUGUACCAUAUCAAACGAGGCCCUCGGGGACCUGUGGGGCCUCCAGGAGCACCAGGAAAAGACGGUCUAAAGGGGGACAGAGGAGCUCCUGGGCCUGUUGGACCACCAGGCCCUCCAGGAUCCUUUGACUUCCUGCUUCUGCUGAUGGCAGACAUCCGAAAUGACAUUGCUGACCUGCAGAGCAAGGUGUAUGGUCGACCUAUGCACUCUCUAGAGGAGGACUUUCCCACAGUCCCGGACAGCUGGAGACAAAACCAGGACCCUUUAGAUAUGGGCUCGGGUGAGGACUCUAAGGAAGCGCCGCCUCGAACAGGCGGAGGGCCAAAGAGGAACAGGAAGAGGAAACCAACACGAGAGAGAACAGAGUGAACAAACUGGAAUGAAUGAAAAAGGUGUUUUUAAAUACUUUGUGUUUGGUGUGAAUAUUGAAAUGAUCUGCCUUCUUAUUUAACUUCUUUUAAAAAAGAACAUAUUUUAUGCUGUUUGAUUACAGAUUGUCUAUUUUUGUAUGAUAUACAAGAUAAUGUAAUCUAUUUUUUAACAAAAAUGAGUAGACUGUGCCAACGCAUGCUUUUUUAUUGCAUAUUUUCAGAAACCUACUGUUCCUUUAUAGCACAUUAAAGAAGUCUCUCAUAAAAACAGAUUUUUUUUUCUUUAACUGUAAACAAUCAGGAUGUGUUGCAUCAUUUUUGUGCUUGCAGGAAGAAUUAAAGCAGCAAAAUAUAGAAUUUUACUUUUUAACCUUAGUGCAUUGAGUCUCAUCUAUUGCAUGCCCCAUUGUCAUUUUUAAAAAUUUGUUUUAGCAAAAGUAAUGAUUCAAAGAAAUUUUGGAAAUACUGCUGUAGUCACGCCUAGCAGCAGUGAUCAGAGCUGCAACUGUGGAUUAUCGGUAAGUGUUUCAAAUGUCACUGAAAUGACACUGCACCUUAUCUAAUACAGGGUUCCUCGAGGUGAUGUCUUUGUUGGCCUUUUUAAAUCUUAAGAAGUUUUUGACUUCUGUCAAGGAGGUGCCAUUUUUUCUGUGUACUUUUGAAUGAAUUCUGAUAAAACUUUGUUCUGUUAAAGACGAAAUGAAUACAUACCAAAUAUUCCCUUAAAAGUGAAUACUGCCCAGAGAGUGAGCUGUCUUGGUGGAAUUUUGCGCUCUCACAGUGGUUCUUGUUUUGCAAUGUUUUGCUACCUGUAAGAGCUUCAAAGUGAGAACAGUUUUGUUUUUUCAUAAUUUAUUUAUAGUUUUUGCAAAAAAA